AUGGGAGUGCCAAGUUUAUUUGCAUGGGUAAGACAAAUAUGUCCAGGAUAUGUUAAAAGACUACCACAGAAGAUUCAAGGAGAAGAGAAAAGAGAGAAGAAUGAGACUGGGGAAGAAUAUGAUAAUUUAUAUAUAGAUUUUAAUGGGAUAAUUCAUCAAUGCUCACAUUCCGAAAAAGAAGAAGAAGCUGCAAGUGAAGAAGAAAUCAUGGAAAGGAUAUUUAAAGCAAUGGAUAGAUAUGUCAAUUAUGUAAGACCAAGAAAAAUGAUAUUUAUAGGAGUAGAUGGAGUAUGUCCAGUAGCUAAAAUUAUUCAACAAAGAAAAAGAAGAUAUUGUUCAAUACUUAAUAAUACAGGAGGAUUUGAUUCUAAUUGUAUAACACCAGGAACUAAAUUUAUGGAAAAAAUAGGAAUUGCACUUCAUGGGUAUAUUGUUAAUAGAAUGGAUAAUGAUUUAUAUUGGUCAGGACUUAAAGUAAUAUUAAGUGAUAGUAAAGUAGCAGGAGAAGGAGAACAUAAAAUAUAUGAAUUUAUUAGAAAAGAAAUAGAAAAGAAUAAAAAAUUUAAAGAAGAACGACAUUGUAUUUAUGGAAUGGAUGGAGAUUUAAUUAUUUUAACAUUAGGAAUUAAUAUUACAAAUAUGACAAUUUUAAGAGAAGAACAAGAAAUAAUAAAAAAAAAUAAUAAAUGUGAUAUUUGUGGAAAGAAACAUAAAACAAAAGAUCAUGGAAAAGAAACGAAAUUAAUUAUGUGUUAUCCUAAUGAAUUAAGAAAAUGGCUUAUUAAUGAAGCUAAAAAAAAUCUUAUAGAAACAAAAAAAGAAGAAGGAGAAGAAUAUAAAGAAGAAGAUAUUCAAAUAAUAGAAGAAGAAAUUAUUAAAGAUUUUAUAUUAAUUUCAUUUCUAGUUGGAAAUGAUUUUCUUCCAAGAAUUCCAUCAAUUAAAAUUCAAACAGGAGGAAUGGAAAUGUUAUUAAAAAAUUAUUGGAAAUUAUAUGUUAAAGGAAAAAGACUAAGUAAAGGAACAGAAAUUAAUAUUAAAAAUUUUAAAGAAUUAUUUAAAAUGAUAGGAGAAGAAGAAUCAAAUAUUUUAAAAGGAAUUAUUCAAAAUACAAAAAAAGAUAAAGAAGUUAAAGAAUAUGAUCAAAAUAUUUAUUUUGAUUCAUCAAAAGAAAUCAAAUUAAAUCAAGAAGGUUAUCAUGAUCGUUAUUAUCAAAUUCAUUUUAAUACUACAAAUAUUGAAUUUAUUCAAAAUAUUGUUCAUCAUUAUUUUGAAGGUAUUUCUUGGGUUUUUAAUUAUUAUCUUAAUACACUUCCUAGUUGGAGAUGGUAUUAUAAAUUUCAUUAUGCUCCUUUUGCUUUAGAUUUCGCUUUAUAUCUUAAUGAAAAUGAUUCUAUUUCUUUUUCUUCUGAUACUCCUAUUCUUCCUUUAGAACAACUUCUUGCUGUUCUUCCUCCUCAUUCUUUUAUUAAUCUUCCUUCUAAACUUGCUCAUUUUGUUCUUUCCCCUACUUCUCCGAUUCUUCAUUAUUUUAACACUUCUUUCAAAAUUGAUAUUAAUGGAGAAAAUAAACUUUAUAAAGGUGUUCCUCUUCUUCCUGACAUUGACAUUAAUCUUCUUCAUUCUUUUGUUUUCAAUCUUGAACAUUCUCUUCCUCCUUCAGAUUUAAAAAGAAAUCUUCUUCUUCCUUUUAAUAUCCUCUACGUCACUAAAAACUCUUCUCUUCCUCUCUUCUCAAAAAUACAAUCUUUAUAUCCUUCUAACUCUUCUCUCAUCUUCUCUCUUAAUUCUUCUCUUUCUUCUUCUCUUAAUUCUUCUCUUAACUCCUCUCUUUCUUCUCUCCCUUCUCUUCCUUUCAUCUCCUCUUCCCUCUCUCUCUCCCUCUUCCCUCUCUUUAAUCUAGACUUCUUCAUCUCUCCAAAACUUCAUUAUCUGAUGUUCUCAAAUCAUUCAAUUAUCACUUUAACUAAUCGUCACGUCUCUAACGCUUUCUUCUCUAAUUAA